CUAAUACCUCUGGCAUCAUAGCAGACACAUGGAAGGAGGUCGUGAAAGAGAGUUGUGAGCAUCAAAAGGUUUUAGGAUACGAACAAAUGGGAAGGAGCUGUGUGAGAAGCUCAGAGAUAUGUUGGAAGAGCCGGGGAGUUGGGUACAUGGGGAGGAGUACUUACAGGGGAGGCCUGAUUCGAUGGAUGCGCCGUAUCUUGGAUAUACACUAAAGAGGUUAUGGUCAGUCAUCUUGCAGUGCUCAGAGGAGCGCAUUGCGGCCUUCUGUCCUACGUUGUUGAGCGGAAUCAGAAUUGGUGGGUCAAAGGCUGGUUGUCGAUGUUUGGAAAUUUGAUGAGCUUGCGAAAAUGGUUCCAGGAUAUAUUACAGUGUUGGCUAAAUUGU